AUGGAUUGCCGCGACGACAUACUUUCAUUCAUGGAUUUAUUAGAUUUAGACGAAGAAAUGGUGGAUGAGAGAUUGAAAACUAUUAUGCAGAGAAGUAAUUACACGUACAAGCAUCUUACGAGCGCUGUACAUUUACUGCAGUAUAAACAUCUAAUUAACUUACGAGAGUCUUCUGAAUGUGAUAACGACGAUGAAUGCAACUUUUUAGCUAAACUUUUUGAGGAUUUACGAGAAGAGAACAUCGAAAUUGUAUGUAAAAUCGUACAUAUUGUCCUUUCCCUUAAUUCCAGUUCAAUUGUUAGCAAAUCCGAACAUCUAUUGCAACAAAUUCUAUCUGACUUGCACUUGCCUUCAAAAGAGCCUAAAAAAACAUCAGAUUAUGACAUAGAUGAGAAAUUAAAAUUAAAAAUGUUAUUGAAUUUCAAACUGUGUAACAGUAUAUUAAAUGCAGUUUUGAUAAAUAAAGAAAAACUGUCUUUGCAUUUCUUAGAAAUUCCUGUAGAAAAUGUUUUGAACAGUGGUGAUGAAAAACUAAAAAUAUAUUUUCUAACUAACAUUGUGCCAAAGUUAUUUGAAGCUGUUAUUGGGUAUAACAUUCUAGAUAGAAUCUGGGAAUUUUUGAAACUAAUAAGACAUGUGAAUGAAGAGCAUGCCUUAAAAACUCUAUGUUGUCUUUCUGAAUUCUUUUUACCAGUUGCUGACAUGAAAGGGAAGAAAACUAUUGAAUCUGAAAUCAUAUUUCAUCAUGAAUUUUGGAGUAUUCUGCUAUGCGGUUUAAAAUCUAAUGAUCCCUCAGUAAGAAAACUAUCUAUUUAUCUCAUGAAAAGAGCAAUUGAUUGUUUAUUUAAUCUUAAAAAGGAUGCUAAGAUUCACACAGAAUUUGUAACUUUAUUUACAUGGAACUGUAAGAAUCAAAAUGCAUUAAAACAAAUGUGGGACAACUAUUUCAUACUUGUAGACAGUUUGGAAGAAAAACAAAGUAAUAUUGUACUGCCAUCAUUGAAGCUUUUUGAUUGCUUAAACGAUCCUAGCAUUUCAAAUUGGCUCUACUGCGCCUUCAAUAUAGGCCUCCAACAUGACAAUACUCAAGUAAGACUUAAAUGCAUCGAAUAUAAACUUAAAUCCAAAAUUUAUAAUGUUGUAGAAGCAAAAUCUGUACUUGAGGCUAUGAAUGAUAUCAAUCUUUUUGAUAAAGAAAAAGAUUGUGAAGUUUUGAAAAAUAGAUUAGCAAAAUCAUUUGCAAGUGAUGAUAACAAUUUCAAAAAUAUCCUAACAGCUAUAUCUGAAGUGAAAUGGUCGCCUGUACCAUUUUACCACAUAAGUUGUGUACUUUCUGAAUUUAAUUGGGAGAAGCAGUUAAAGAAAUUAGAAGCCUUGGAAAUAACUAAAAUUCUUGUAGCAAUACUUGAAGUUCCUUGUAAUAAUAUUCCAAUAAGAAAUGCUGUCAAAGUUAACAUAUUACAUAUGAUUCAAAAUUAUAACAAACUGAAUUGGAAAGAUCUUCACAGCAUUUAUUGUUCUAUCAAAUGGGACUCACUAAAUAAUAAAACCAACAAUCCAUUGACAAUAAUAAUCAACAAACUCACUAUAAGAGAAGAUGAAAUUAAAGAAUUUUUUAAUGUAAUGUGUGAGUCGUAUAUAAAUAUAGAACUUGUACUUGUAUAUCUUGAAAAUCAUAAAGACGAUAUUGGAUUUGUUUUAAAUAUACUAAAUGAAAAGAUUAAGAAUGUUCAAGAAAUAAUUAGCAGACAAUAUUCAAAGAAAACAGAAUGUUUUAAUGAUGUUGUUUUUAUAACAUAUGCCUUUAUGAAAUGUGUAGAUAACAAUGGAGAUUGUAAAAAGACUAUUAAAGCUAUAAUUAGUAAAGAAAUCAAAACUGUAUUGCAAUAUAUUUUAACUCUCUUACCAAGUGAUAGUAAAUUAACCAUAGAAGAAAUUGCACUGCUUUUUGAAGGAGUGAGAUCAUUGGUUGCAAGUGCAGAUUCAAAUGUCAAAGAAAUUUUGCUACAAUUGUAUAAGUAUGCCAUUUUGCUACUAAAAGAGUUUAGCACUGAUUUGGAUAAGAAGGUUCUUGCUAUAUUUAUUGUGAAUACCCUGACUGAAAAUUUAUUAAUGGUCAACAGUUAUGAGCAUGAAAUGCUUAGUUUUAUACAAUUGCUUGAAAUGGUAAAAGGAAUGAAAUUCAAAGAAUGUUGUGACAUUGAAUAUAAUGGCAGAUACAGGAAUAUAAUCUAUGAAAAAACUUGUACUGUGAUGUACAGUUUACUGAAAGAUCAAGAUGUACAAUUGAAUUUGAAUAAAAUAGAAGGUUUUAUUGAAAACAUGACAGAAUGCGGUGGCUAUGGUUGUUUAAAGUGGAUUCUAAAAAUCAUGAACAAAGUUAUACCAAUAUUUGUAAAUGAACAAUACAUGAAAUUUAAUGUUGGGCAAUUUUUUGGAAAAAUGUGGCAAGAAAUCGAAGAGUUAAAAUCCAACAACCAAUAUUCGCCGUGCAUUGAAGAGUUUACUAACCUACUCUUACAAGAUUCUUUGUUAAAAAAGCCAGUGUACAACAAUAUAGUAAUACAAUAUUGUAACAAGAUAAUUGACUAUGCUCCAUUGAAGAAUACCCCAUUAUUUUAUUUAGUGAGAAAUUUACAUGAAAUGAAUAUUACUCAAGACCUUGGGCAAAUUGUUUACGUCCUUUGUGAAAUUAUGUUGUACUCUCCAGUACCGAAAAAGGAUCACAGGAUAGCUGAAAAUGUUGCUGUUGAAAUUAUACUGAAUCCAAAAUAUGGUUUGAACAAGAACAACAAUUUCCAUUUUAACUUCCAAAUUCAAUAUUUGGCACUUUCAACAUUAUGCAAGAUCAAGCAUAAAGAAAUAUUUCAAAUAAUUUUUACAUUAAUUGAAAAGAGAAUAGAGGAGGUACUUGACAACAAACAGAGAUAUCAUGGAAAUUCUCAGAUGCACAGAACGUUGCUGAUUGCAUUGCAACAUCGUUUGAUGUUUUUCUUGUUGCAUUUGGAUAUGCUGAAGUCGGAGAAUAUUGUACUGUGGUGUGUAGAGCUUUUGGGAAGACUGCCGCAUCAGCCGAGUGUCAGAAUCUGCUUGGAGUGGUUUAUUGCGUUGCACAUUUAUUUCAGGAAAGCUACUAUUAAUGAAGUGCUAGUGGAGAAGUUGGGAAUAAAAAAUGUUCCUAUAACAUCACAAUUCAUUAUACUCUAUUGGACACUCAAACAUAAAAUAGACAAAGGCGAUUACAAAACCGAAGAAUUUGAAUUUGUAAUGCAUACUCUACUAUCUCACACAAUGGGACAAAUUUUCAACGUACGGUUACACGCUCAAUAUUUGGCUACAAAGCUUUAUGAGAUUAACAAAAUCAAUAAAUACAAUUACAUAAUUGAAGUUAUAGAAAAGACUUUCAUUGAUAGUUCAAAGGAUAAGAAUUUUGUAAAACUGAAGGAAGACUUUUUCAUCAACGAGUUUGAUAUUGUUAAGCAUUUGACUCCUAGUUUUAUCUUCUACUUCUUGCCAAGAUACUGCGAUAUUGUAAGCAAUGAAAAAGUUGAUCAAAAUUUUAUUGAGACCGUAACUGGAAUGACUCUCGAUGCUAUAACUAAAGGUAUGAUUGACAAUGAUUUCAAUAAAGAAUGGAAAUGUACCCACAAAAGUAAUGAUGAAGUUUUCGGCUAUAACUUCAACAAAACGUCAGAUGCUAAUACUGCGGAGGAAAAUUCGGAAACUCUUGGAACAAUACAGAAGAAAUACAUUCCUUGGAAAUCCAUGAGCGACAUUGAUGUUUAUGACUGUGGAAAAAAGAAGGAGAGUCCGAGUGAGUUGAUAGUAGUAGCAUCUCUGAUAGAUAAGCUACCGAACCUGGGUGGAAUGGCGAGAACUAGCGAGGUGUUUGGAGUGAACACUUAUGUUGUUAAUAGUCUCAGGCAUUUGCAGGAUAAACAAUUUCAGGGACUGAGUGUGUCAGCAGAACGUUGGGUGAACAUAGAGGAAGUCCGUCCAGGGGCACCUUUGAAGCGUUACCUGACGCAAAAGAGUAGUGAAGGUUACUCCAUAGUCGCAGCUGAGCAAACCUCAACUAGUUGUCAGUUACAGAGCUUUAAAUUUCCCAAGAAGACUUUGUUGUUAUUGGGGCAUGAAAAAGAAGGUAUUCCCUGCGAAUUGUUACACUUGAUGGAUCAUUGUGUGGAAAUACCACAGCAAGGAUUUGUCAGAUCGCUCAAUGUCCAUGUCACUGCGGCUAUUUUUAUAUGGGAGUAUUCAAGGCAAAAUAUUUUACAUUUGUAG